CCGGUGACGCUCAGCCCCUUGGGCCGUGGGAGGGCCAGAGGUACGAGUAUUGUAUUACCUUCUCGGUACCCAAGAACUCCUCUCCGGGACAUCACCGCCAUUGUAAGGGCCAUUGAAAGGACGAGAGCUCGGUUAGGAGAUGGUGAAGGCCAAAUUUUUGAGAACCCAAGAGCCCCUAAUGAAAGCGUUCUUGGCUCAAACAUAUCAUCAGUUGCUUCACUCGAGCACAAUUUAUCCACACCAGCUUCAACCGUUAGAUUGGAGCCUCACCCUCCACCGAUCCAGACCGUGUCGAAGAUUCUGAUCAACGUUGCCAAUCAAGAACCAGAGGAAUCAGCAGGGGAGCUUCUUACACCCCAAAGGAAGCUGUUGAACUCCAUUGACACAGUGGAGAAAGCUGUGAUGGAGGAGUUGCAGAAAAUGAAGCGGACCCCAAGUGCUAAGAAAGCUCAAAGGCAAAACAAGGUCCGAACAUUAAUGUCGAUGCGUUGAUGCUGCAUUCCGGCAAAAACCACCUCUCGGUGGAAGGCUGGAAGCUGUCUGAUCAUCCUCUGAUGAUAUGUUUACAUUU